UAGUCAUAGUGUGUUGCAGUACUUUUGGUGCUGGUUUUCUACAGCGGAUGACAAAAUCAUGGCUCAGAGUUGUACUGUUGCCAUAGCAAUUCAAAACGGAAGAGUAUUUUGUGGCAGACGUGCAAAUAGUGAUACAAAUACAGUUCAUUAUCAUUUGUCACACCUAACCGGCUUUGUGAGUAAAACCACAAAUAUAUACUGAGAAGGCGGCCACUGGCGAGAGGUUUUAGUCAAACAUUCAUGGGCUUCUGUCAAUUAGAAUAGAACGUUAGUUUGCUUGGUGGCACAGAAAUACACAGCAAUAUAGCCUAAGCCUACAUGUAAAUAGCAACCUAUUAGUAGCUAAUGGCAAAUACACGGUGGUAAUCAUUAUGUCAGGCAGGAGAAAGUCGCAGACUGAGGAAAGGAAAGUGGAGGAGUCUUUCAAGGUGACCUAUAUUUUUCCAAAUGGUGAUACUUAUGAAGGAGAGUGCUACCGCACAUCAGACGGUGUGGUGGUGAGGAGAGGUGUGGGCACCCAAAAAACAGCCAUUGGAAUAACAUACUCAGGAAAAUGGAGUGGAGACAAGAUGAACGGCGCUGGAACCUUGGUGCACCCAUCUGGUGCUAAAUAUGAGGGGGACUUCAUGGACAACAUGUACCAUGGAAAUGGCACAUACCACUUUCCAGAUGGGACCAAAUACAUUGGGAACUUUAAUGAAAACAGGCUAGAAGGGGAGGGAGAGUUCACUGAUGCACAAGGACUGGAGUGGACUGGUGUCUUCCGCAAACGAGCAGCACCUGGAUUGAAACUGAAACUUAACAUGUAACACAAACACGCAUACACAACCAACAUUAUCCAAUUCUAUGGCAGGACUUUUGCCAAACUAUCUUUUUGAAAACAUUUACUGAUUAGCAUCCACGUUUGUAGUGAAAA